CCACUCCAAAUGCAUACUCUGGGGAGGAUUUCAACUUUGAGAGUAGUGAUCUCUAUCAAUAUCAUCAUAUCUGCUUCAACAUAUAGUUCAUCUGUGAACAGAAAGCAGAGGAUGCUUAUACCUCCUACAGAAGCUAACACUUUUCUGUCCAUACCCGUGGAUACAAAGGCUGUGCUCCUUUGUCCUCCUGACAUCCCCACAGCUUUGGUGGUAACAUGGACAAUAAGCUCCAGAGACCAGCCUCCCUGCACUAGAGCCUACAGGAGAGACAACAAUGAGACCAGUGAAAGAAACUGUACUGAUGCGAGAAUAUCCUGGCAGUCCAGACCUGAUCAGAAUCCUGCCCUUCAGAUUGAUCCCGUGGCCAUCACUCAUGAUGGAUAUUACAGGUGUGAAGUGGCUGCACCUGAUGGGCAUUUCGGUCAUACAUAUUGCCUCCGUGUGUUAGUGCCCCCCAAGGUGACUCUGUUUCGAGGCAGCAAUGGAACUAUCGUGUGCAGGGCAGCUGCAGGGAAGCCAUCUGCACAGAUCUUCUGGACCCCGGGGGGAGAUUGUCACACUGAGGAAGAACCGCUGGGCAAUGGUACAGUGACUGUCCAGAGUACAUGCCACUGGGAGGACCGCCAGGUAUCUAAUGUGUUCUGCUCUGUGUCCCAUUUGACUGGCAACAAGAAUCUGUCCUUCAACUUGAACUUCAACUUGAAUCAAGGUGUCAUAACUCUGGAAUUUCUAGCACCGGACUUGCUGAUCAUUCUCUAUGUGAAAUUCUCUCUGUUCUUGGUUAUCCUGGUCACCGUGGGAUUCAUCUACUUCAAGAGAGCAAAUGAUUGCAGUGCAUGAAAACUGAAAAAUCUGGAAGUCAAUUUAGAUUUGAUGAGACAUCAUGAAGAUCAGACCUUGGGUUUAGCCUUUAACUCAACUGCUCCUGUUACUAUUUGCUACCUUUGUGUUUAUGUGAAUCACUGUGAUAGCUGUCAAAUCCUGUUUCAAACUCUUAGCAAACAUGUAUUUAUACAUAUGCCAAGGCUUGCUGCCUGCCAUUAUAAAUGCCUGGGAUGACUUAUCUACAUUCCCCUUUGCCUUACUGAGUUCUAAUUUGCAAACAAGAAAUAGCCCAGCUUCUUAGCCUAAAGAGGAAGAUGGCUCAGGAAAUGGCAAAUUACAAUGCUUUGCAGUUUUUCUACACCCCUUUGGGUUCUUUGGAUAGUGCUUUCAUCCUUGUUUCUUGUUUCCUCUUGUUUCCUCUGCCCUUUUAAGAUGCUAAAUAAUGUUGCAAUGUCAGAAGCUACUACAAACAUUGCCUUCUGGUUGACCUGUAGCCAACCUCCCAUCCCUCUCUUGCUUGCUAGCAAUUAGUACAAGUUUGGCCUGAUUAUUGAAUAAAUGGCCAGAAGUCAUUUUUAGUAGUGCCUUUAUUGCUGAAGGAAUUUUAAGUGGAUCCUAAAUAAAGAGCUCUUAGAGUCAUUGGAGACUAUGCUGAAUGUAAUCUCACUUUUAGAACUCCACUGUCUCAAUUCUCUCCCAUCUGUACUCCAGGUUGGAAUGGAUUAAUGUUAGGAAGGGUAAGAGUUCUUGGCGAAAACCCAACAUCUAGGGCCACUGUAAACUGGAACCCUAUCUUCAUUGGUACACAUGGUAAUCCUAAAGUAAAAAGUAUCCUUUUGUUUAAAGGAAAAAUUUCUUGUGUAAGGUGGCAGGUGAUUCAAGCAAUUACUUUUAUUUUUAGCAAGUCUCAGAAGGAGAAAAUGAAUGCAUACUACUAUCUGGAAGAUAAUAUAUAAGUAAGAUAGUCUAAUUGUUGAAACAAACAACAUCCCAAUCUCAGUGUA